AUGGCAGCGGACUCCACAAUCCCCAUCUGGCAGAACAAACCCCAUGGCUCAGCACGCAGCGUCGUCAGGAGGAUCGGGUCAAACCUCCCUCUAAAGCCCUGUCCUAGAGCAACCUUUGAGGUUCUACCAAAUGUUUCAGAGCUCUAUUUAAAUGACGUCCCUCCAGUCCCCACCUUGGCAGACAUUGUGUGGAUCGCAGCAGAUGAUGAAGAAACAUAUGCCAGAGUCAGAAGUGACACUCGCCCGCUGAAGCACAAGUGGAAGCCAAGUCCCUUCACCGUUAUACAGCGAAAUGCUUCAGUCCCCAACCUGAGGAAGCAGGAGGAGAAGCUGCUCGCCUUGAAGAAACCUGGUUUACCAGCACUGAGCCGAACGACAGAGCUCCAGGAUGAGCUGAGUCACCUUCGGAGUCAGAUAGCUAAAAUAGUCGCUGCAGAGUCAGCUUCUGCUUCAUUAACACCAGAUUUAUUAUCUCCAGGAAGUUCAAACGCAUCUUCUCCUUUACCUUGUUUUGGACCCUCUUUCCAAUCUACAACUUCCUUUGUCAUUAGUGAUAUCACAGAGGAGGAGGCAGAACUCGAAAGCCCUGAGCUCCCGUCAGUCUCCAUGCUUUGUUCUGCAACCUCCGAGUGUUGUAAACCAGAACCAAAGGAUCCUGAUGAGGAAGAUUCCGUGUCUCUUUCAAAGGCCAGCAGUUUUGCAGAUAUGAUGGGCAUUCUUAAAGACAUUCAUAGGAUGAAGCAGAGCAAAGACUUAACCCGAACUUCAAUGAAGGAGGAAGACCCGGCCAUUCUUAUAGCAGAAGUUCUGAGAAGAAAAUUUGCUCUAAAGGAUGAAGAUCUGGCCAUGAAGGAGAAAUGAUGUCACUGUCACUAAACUCUGUAAGCAAAAGUGUUACGUUCCCAGAAUUUUCUCCACAGUAGCUGCCUUCCUAAGGAUCGAGCCUUUUGCCUCUUUUAUUAAUUAGAAAUGGUUUCUGCACUGGACACAUACUAGGAAAGACCCUACGAAUUUGAUGUGUUUUCCAUGUAUUAUAUUUAAGAAAAAACUUUUUAAGAUGAUGGAAAUUCUUUUCCACCUGUAUUUUGAUGUUGAUUAUUGAUAAGGAUCUUCUAAAGAGUGCAACAAGUGCUGCUGGAUGACAUUCUUUCUACCUAC